UCCUGUUAGUAGCACUACUUCCUCUGUAACUGGAUGAAAAGACAAGAAAUAAAGCAGAACAGCUAGCUAUGACACACGUCUGACAGGCAGCAGUACACGCAAAAAGUAGUCUUUAAAUCCUAAACAAAUGAUUCUGCAGCAGCCUUACCUUCCCUGGAUAAACAGAUUACAUCUGGCAUGGAGCUGGAGAAUUAUGACCAGCCUGUUGUUCUGAGGGAUGAAAACAAACGAAGGAGGAGGAAAAUGAGGCCCCAUUCUGCUGCAUCUAACGUGUUUUCCAUGGAGCUGGUUCCCAUAGAGUUUAUUCUACCUACAAGUCACAAAAAUAACAAAACACAGGAUAUGGUGCUACUAGAAAUUGCUGGCAACUGUACUGUUGAGCAGAUGAAAGCACAUGUUUGGAUGCAUGCUAUUGAAAAAACCCACAACAGUGAUUUUUAUCACAGACAUGCACCAGACCAGUUCCUACUGCAAUAUCAAAAAAAGGGACAGUGGUAUGAAAUAUAUGACAAACACCAGGUGAUACAAACAUUAGAUUGUAUAAUGUACUGGAAGGUUUUGCAGAAAAAUAUAGGAAAGAUUUAUGUUGUCCAAAAAGAGAAAACUUCAGAAGAAACCUUGGAAUAUCAGAAACAAUUAAAUUAUCUCAUUGGAUACGAUGUCACAGAUGUAAGCAAUGUACAUGAUGAUGAACUUGAAUUUACCCGACGUCGCUUGGUCACACCAAGGAUGAUUGAGCUGGCGCAAAGGGAUGCCAGACUGUAUUCCAUGGACCCCUGGGUUACUUCUAAAACUCUUCCUGAAUAUCUAUGUAAUAAAAUUUCCUCCAAUAGCAUUUUCAUCAUCAUACACAAAGGAAUGACAAGUCACACAAUCAGAGUAUCUAUUGAUGAUACUCCAGAUGAAAUAUUACAGAAUUUCUUUACAAAGAUGGCCAAAAAAAAGUCAUUACUAAAUAUUCCAGAAGAACACAGUGAAUUGGAUUUUGUUCUCCGAGUUUGUGGAAGGGAUGAAUAUAUAAUCGGUAAUUCACCUAUUAAAGAUUUUCACUGGAUACGUCAGUGCAUUAAAAACGGGGAUGAGAUACACCUUGUUUUGGACACUCCACCAGAUCCCUUAGAAGAUAAAGUCCAGAAAGAAGAGUGGCCAUUAGUUGAUGACUGCACUGGAGUCACGGGUUACCAUGAACAACUUACCAUUGAAGGGAAAGAUCAUGAGAGAAUUUUCACCAUAUCUCUGUGGGACUGUAAUAGAAAAUUUAGGGUAAAGAUCAUUGGGAUUGAUAUCCCUAUUUUGCCAAGAAAUACGGAGCUUACCGUUUUUGUGGAAGCCAACAUUCAACAUAGUCAGCAGAUACUUGCACAACGAAGAACUACAUGCAAGCCUUUCACUGAAGAGGUUCUUUGGAAUACAUGGCUUGAAUUUGAUAUGAAAAUUAAAGACUUACCUAAAGGGGCUCUUCUAAACCUCCAGAUAUUUUGCGGUAAAGCUCUUACUGUUUCAAAUAAAGCAAAUGUACAGUCUCCAGACUCUGGCAGUACAGACUCAAAAUGUAAAAAUCAACUGCUUUACUAUGUAAAUCUGUUGUUAAUUGACCAUAGAUUCUUACUUAGACAAGGAGAGUAUAUUCUUCACAUGUGGAAAAUACCGGGUAAAGGAGAAGAGCAAGGAAGCAUCAAUGCUGACAAACUUACAUCUGCAACAAAUCCUGACAAGGACACAUCUAUGGCAAUUUCUAUUUAUUUGGACAAAUAUUGUCACCCAGUUGCAUUGCCAAAGCACAAAUCAGUGUCUGAUUCAGAACUAGAUAGGGCAAGAACUGAAAUGCCUAAUCAGUUACGUAAGCAACUAGAGGAGAUCAUAGCGACAGACCCAUUGCAUCCACUUACACCAGAAGACCAAGAGCUGUUGUGGCAUUUUAGAUAUGAAAUCAUGAAACAUCCUGAGGCAUACCCAAAGUUACUAAGUUCUGUCAAGUGGGGGCAACAGGAAAUGGUAGCCAAAACAUACCAGUUAUUAAGCAAACGAGAAGCAUGGGAUGAUUGUUCUCUUGAUGUUGGGCUAACAAUUCAGCUUCUGGAUUGCAACUUUUCAGAUGAAAAUGUCAGAGCAAUGGCUGUUCAGAAACUGGAAAGUCUACAAGAUGAUGAUGUCCUCCAUUAUCUUUUACAGCUUGUACAGGCUGUAAAGUUUGAACCUUAUCAUGACAGUGCUUUAUCCAGAUUCCUGCUGAAACGUGCAUUAAGAAGUAAACGGAUUGGUCAUUUCUUGUUUUGGUUUCUGAGAAGUGAGAUUGCUCAGUCAAUGCAUUAUCAGCAACGGUUUGCUGUCAUCCUGGAAGCCUAUCUGAGGGGCUGUGGCACUUCAAUGCUGAAUGAUUUCAUGAAACAGGUUCAAGUGACAGAGGUUCUGCAUAAAGUCACUAUGGAAAUUAAAUCAGUUUCUGCUGAGAAAUAUGAUGUAACGUCACAUGUUGUCUCACAGCUCCGACAAAAACUUGAAAAAUUACAAGGCUCAAUGUUUCCAGAAAGCUUUAGAGUUCCAUAUGAUCCUGGACUAAGAGCUGGAUUACUGGUGGUAGAAAAGUGCAAGGUGAUGGCCUCAAAAAAGAAGCCAUUGUGGCUGGAAUUUAAAUGUGCAGAUACAACCGCGUUAUCCAAUGAAACUAUUGGAAUCAUAUUUAAACACGGAGAUGAUCUUCGCCAGGAUAUGCUCAUCUUACAGAUUCUUCGCAUUAUGGGAUCUAUAUGGGAAGAAGAUUCCUUAGACCUAUGUUUGUUGCCCUAUGGCUGCAUUUCUACAGGAAACAAAAUAGGAAUGAUUCAAAUAGUGAAAGAUGCUACAACGAUUGCCCAAAUACAACAAAGCACAGUUGGGAACACAGGGGCAUUUAAAGAUGAAGUCCUGAGUCAGUGGUUAAAAGAAAAAUGUCCACUGGAGGACAAGUUCAUUACAGCAGUUGAAAAAUUUGUAUAUUCAUGUGCUGGCUACUGUGUAGCAACUUUUGUGCUUGGAAUUGGGGACCGACAUAACGACAAUAUAAUGAUAACUGAAACGGGUAAUCUCUUCCACAUAGAUUUUGGCCACAUUCUUGGCAACUAUAAAAGCUUCCUCGGAAUUAACAAAGAGCGGGUUCCAUUUGUGUUGACCCCAGAUUUCCUGCAUGUGAUGGGAACCUCAGGAAAGAAGACAAGUCUGUAUUUCCAUAAAUUCCAGGAAAUUUGUGUGAAGGCAUACUUGGCACUUCGACAUCACUCAAAUCUCAUGAUUAUCCUGUUUUCCAUGAUGCUGAUGACAGGCAUGCCUCAGCUAACAAGCAAAGAGGACAUUGAAUAUAUUCGAGACUCACUAACCGUUGGGAAAAAUGAAGAUAAUGCCAAAAAGCACUUUCUUGAUCAGAUUGAGGUUUGCAGGGAUAAAGGCUGGACUGUGCAGUUUAACUGGUUCUUGCACCUUGUGCUCGGUAUUAAACAAGGGGUAGAAAAACAUUCUGCCUAACACCAGAUUAUUAACACAAUUGGUAAU